ACUUGCUCGUGUUCCAUGCGCCGUAUGAUAUAUAUAAAUAUGUGGUUGGCUUCUUGUUGGUAACUUGAGUUUUUCUGCAACCAUAUUCAAGCAUUUAUUACCAGAGUCUAUGAGGAGGAGGAAUUCUGAAUUUUUAUGUCCUUCAUUUGAUUUAUUUCUUGAAGAAAAAAAUAUUUGGGAAAUUUCAAAUAGCAAAUAGCUAGGUAGGUACUCUGCUCUUCUCUUCUCUGCUGCGUCUGCAGAUUCAUAGAGGAGAAGAGGUAAAUAAAGCUCAUUUCCAGCUCCAGAGCAGAGUGGUGAAGGGAGGGAUAAUAAUAACAAGUAUAAUUCAGGUUCAGCAAGGAUGGAGGUUUUGCAGCUCUUCAUCACCGCAUCAAUUCCGGUGUUGAAAGUGCUCUUGAUCACUGCGCUUGGCUCAUAUCUUGCGCUUGAUAGCGUCAACAUUCUCGGGGAAGACACUAGGAAGCACUUAAACACUGUUGUAUUUUACGUAUUGAAUCCUGCCCUGGUGAGCAGCAACCUUGCACGGACAAUAACAUAUGAAAGCAUAGUUAAGCUGUGGUUCAUGCCGGUGAAUAUCCUCAUCACAUUUAUUGUUGGUUCGAUACUAGGAUGGAUACUCCUCCUGCUAACAAGACCUCCUGCACAUCUGCGAGGCCUCGUCUUGGGUUGCUGUGCUGCAGGAAAUUUGGGGAACUUGCUCCUCAUUAUAGUCCCAGCUGUUUGCAAAGAAAAAGGGAGCCCAUUUGGAGCUCCUGAUGUCUGUCGUACUUAUGGAUUGGCUUAUGCUUCACUUUCAAUGGCGAUAGGAGCCAUUUAUUUGUGGUCCUAUGUGUAUAAUAUUGUGCGGAUAUCUGCAAAGAGAGGCACCCAAGAUUCAACCCAGUCUCUGGUGAGAUCCUUCACACCGAACGAAAUAAGUUGCACUGAGCCUCUGCUUUCUUCAAAGGAAUCUGAGGUAGUGGAGGACAAUGCCAAUCAUUAUGCACUGCCCUGCACUAUAUCUGAGGAAAACGCUAAGAUGACAACUUCUGGUAAAAUAAAGCAACGUAUAAUGAUUGUGUUUGGAAAGCUCAAUCUGAAAACAAUAUUUGCCCCUUCUACUACUGGCGCAAUUGUUGGUUUUUCAAUCGGACUCAUCCCUCAGAUUCGAAAAGCACUGAUAGGAGAUGGUGCUCCUCUACGGGUGGUUCAAGACACUGCUGCUUUGUUGGGAGAUGGAGCUAUCCCAACUCUCACUUUGAUAAUAGGAGGAAACCUACUUAAAGGUUUGAGAGGGCCAGGGAUGCAGAAAUCUCUGGUUGUUGGCAUCAUCAUUGUUCGUUAUGUUGCCCUGCCUCUUAUAGGAAUAUUGGUUGUUAAAGGUGCACUCAAAUUAGGGUUGGUGCACUCUGAUCCAUUGUAUCUGUUCGUUCUUUUGCUUCAGUUUUCACUCCCACCAGCGAUGAACAUAGGAACAAUGACUCAAUUGUUCGGAGCAGGAGAAAAGGAAUGUUCAGUUAUCAUGCUGUGGACUUAUGCUUUCGCUUCAGUAUCGCUUACUUUUUGGUCCGCCUUUUUCAUGUGGCUUGUGGCCCGAGUGUGAAACAGCUACAAAGCAUCCUCCAUUGAAGCAAAAUUUUACAUCCAUCUUCUAAUAGAAUUGUUGGCAAUUUGUGAACAAGGAAAAACAAACUUACUUGCAAAUUGUAAACAAUGGCAACUUUUAAUCUUGUACUCAGAUUAUUAGAAUUAAAUGCAAAGUUGAGCAAUCCACUUCCGCAAAUCGAUCCUAAGUUACAGCUGCAAAUAUGCAUGAAGAAAGCAAUUAAAUUCGAUACUGAAUAUAUCCGUCAGCCAGCAAGCACUGAUGAUUAGCAUCUCAGUCAAUAUUCAAUCAUCAUAUUUGCAGAGCAGAGAGGUGAAGUGAAGGGCUAAUAAUUAUUCAUCAAGGAUAAUGAAUCUUCUGCAGCUCUUCAUCACCGUAUCAAUUCCAGUACUGAAAAUGUUCUUGAUCACUGCGCUUGUCUCAUAUCUUGCGCUUGGUCGCGUCAAUAUUUUUGGGGAAGACGCUAGGAAGCACUUAAGACACUGUAACUUCUUAUUUCAUUCAUUCAUGAAUUUUCGUGUAAAUCUUUGUCCAUUUUUCUUUAAGAAAAAGGGAAAGUAGAUUCCGUGGCUUAGGGGCGGAGCCACACUGGGACCAAUGUGGUCUCGGGUUCCCACUCAAGUUUUUAUAUAUUUUAAAAGUAAUA